UUUACAUGAGCAGACUCUUCCUUCUAGAAACAUUAUUAGCAAGAAGUAUCGCUCACGAUUCGAAAGAGAGAAAGAUAGAUAUAGAGAAAGAGCCAAGAGGGAGAAAGAGAAUAGGCGAAGGCGAAGGCGAAGAGCGAGAGAGAGAAGAGUGCGUGCAGCGUGAUAGGAUAGGGUGUGAGGCAGACGCGGCGACGAGAGUGACCGGCGGGCGUGACGGUUGUAGUCGCGCGUUUUUUCAUAGUCGCGAAUUGUGAAAUAAUCGUCAGCAAAACGGCUGCGGGUAAAAAGUCGGCCAAGAAGAUGGCGGAUUCCGAGGAACUGGAGAGUAUGGUAUUAAGUUUUCGAGUGUCUGAGCUUCAGAUGCUUCUUGGUUUCGCCGGUAGAAAUAAAUCCGGCAGAAAGAACGAGUUGCAAGCUCGUGCAUUGGAAUUAUUGCGCUUAAGAUCACACCCAGCUAUCCGGCUUAAAAUACGUGAAUUAUAUAAAACGAUACAGGCAGAUCAAAUGGCAACGCAUCAAAUGUAUGGACAAACUGGUAGUUCCUCUGAGCCACAAAUUGACCAAAAUAUGCAUAAUCGAAAUUAUUAUUCAACAAGGCAAGCAAUUAGCCAACAACAACAGCAACAGGCAUCAAUUUCUGCUGGGAAAGAAUUAACUCCUGCACAUCAAGCAUCCUUACCUCAAGCACCUAGAACCAAUCCAGUAUAUCAGUCAACUGGUUACACUAAUGUAACACCACAGCGUACUACAAGUACAUAUAGUCCAUAUCAGCAGUCUGUAUACCCAGCUAAAGUUUUACCAGGUCCAUUACAAAUACAACCUACAAGCCAAUAUCCAGUUCAUCCAGAUGUUAGGUUGAAGAAACUUCCAUUUUUUGACUUAUUAGGUGAAUUAUUGAAACCUUCUAGUUUAAUGCCACAGGGAACGCUGAGGCUGCAGGAAAACACAUUCCUGUUUCAUUUGACACCACAACAAGCGACAGAUAUUGCAAGCUCACGUGAUUGUCGAGCUGGCAGUAAAAUGGACUAUGUUGUACAGGUACAAAUGCGAUUUUGUUUACAAGAAACAUCAUGCGAGCAAGAAGAUUAUUUUCCUCCAAACAUUGCAGUAAAAGUUAAUGGAAAAUUAUGUCCUUUACCGAAUCCUAUACCCACUAAUAAACCAAGUGUAGAGCCAAAGAGACCACCACGACCUGUCAAUAUUAGUCCUUUAGUGAAAUUGUCACCUACUGUUGGAAACGAGAUUCGUGUUACAUGGUCGGCUGAUUAUGGUAGACGAUACGCAAUUGCAGUAUACCUCGUCAGAAAAUUAUCCAGCGCGGAAUUACUUAGUAGAUUAAAAAAUAGAGGUGUAAGACAUUCCGACUAUACCAGAGGAUUAAUUAAGGAGAAAUUAAACGAAGAUGCGGAUAGUGAAAUAGCUACAACGUCACUGAGGGUGUCGUUAGCUUGUCCUCUAGGAAAAAUGAGAAUGUGUACGCCAUGUCGUGCAUCGACAUGUUCUCAUUUGCAAUGUUUUGAUGCUUCUUUAUUCCUUCAAAUGAAUGAACGAAAACCUACCUGGAAUUGUCCAGUUUGUGACAAGGCGGCGCUUUAUGAUAAUCUUGUAAUUGAUGGAUACUUUCAAGAAGUUCUUAAUUCAAAUAAGUUAUUGCCAGACGUAAAUGAGAUUCAAUUAUUGCAAGAUGGUUCGUGGGAGAAUUUAGUAUUGAAAAAAGAAAAAGAUAAAGAUAAGGAUAAAGAUAAGGAAAAAAGCGAAACAAAGACUGCGACUGAUUCACGAGAUAAUAAAAUUGAUGUAGACACAGUCGAUUUAGAUGAAAGCAAUCCUCCGGCACCAAAGGAGAAGAAACGUGCUGUCGUUAUCGAUUUGAUAUCAGAUAGUGAUGAUGACGAUGAGGAUAACACGCCAACACAAAGUACAAAGAAACCAGCCAGUGGCAUUUCAUCGCCAAAGAAAUCGCAGACCAGCUCCAUUAGUAGUACAAGCGAAUCGCCAGAAUUAAUGAUAAUCGAUUUAGAAUAAAGAAUUGUUUGAUAUACUAUA